AUGUCUCUUCUCAAAACCACAACCCAAGAUCCGACCGCGGUCUUCUCCCUCACCACCAAGCUUUUAUCGCCUCUCUCAUUCACGCAAUGCCUCUCCCUAGGAGGAGCCGAAUCACUUAUCGAGGCUCUCAAGUCGCCUCUCGCAGGCGCGAAUCUCCUCGCUCUCAACAUCCUCCAGAAAGCCACCAGCAAUCCCAGAGAAGUCGAUGCUCUAGCUGCUCAACCUGAAGUUGUCGAAGAACUACUUCGCACAUGGUUGAGCUCUCCAGAUGCGGAUGUUGGAGGGCGCUCUACGAGGGUCUUGGGCAGUCUUCUCGAGACAGAUUGCGAUGUUAUGCCUGAGACCCAGCCAGCUACGACGAACGGUGUCAACGGUACCAGCUCUUCGGAAACGGAGCUCGUGAAGAGACAUAUCCCUGGGCACGCAAGUCUUUGGCGCUUGAUUAUCUGGGAUCGUCAUUAUCUUGAGAUCAUCGUCGCCCUCUGCCGUCCCGUAACCAUUGACCGACAGGCAACUUUUGCCCAAGAUCGUCUGUUGAGAAUCAUCCCUCGCCUUACCGCUCUCCAUCCUCGCGCCAUGGCCAUAUCCCCAUUUGCGGAUCUAUUCCCUCUACCCGAUCACGCUGAUGCAUCUAUCGGUCAUGGGCUGCUACAGUGGGCAGCGCUGACCAUGGUCGAUACCAGUGACAUUCUCAUGCACCAGACUCUUAUUGUAUUCUUCGAGUCGUUUGUGAGUAUCAUGCGGAUUGCAGGCGACUCAGCCGACAAAGACGCCAUUGUACGCAAUGUGGUGAAGACUGCUAUUUCACGAGAUCAGGAACUGAAGCAAUCUUUGGAGACACUUCCCAACCGGACAGUGCAGGAAGAAGCGGAACCCUUGGCCAAGUACAUCAGCCGAAUACUACAAUAA